CCAUACCUUGUCACAUCUCCCACUUCGCGUGGCAGUCGUCAAACCAAGUCUCGCACGCCAUCUUGGCAAGCACUCUCUCCUCCCCCACCGCGCCGCCGAGCUCCGCCUCCGGCCGACGCAAGCAGCCCACCUCGGACGAAUUCUUCUUCCCCUACCCCUCGUAUCUACCGGGAUGGCGUCGGGUGGAGAUCUCCCAUCCGGGUUCGCUGAUGAGAGCAAAAGUAAAAAAACAGAAGGAUCAUCCAACGAAGGUCAAGGGGUUCCUCCAGCUGCUGCUGCAGGCUUGUCGGGUCCUUUCGAUUUUUCUUCUAUGCAAAGUUUGCUCAAUGAUCCGUCUAUAAAGGAGAUGGCGGAUCAGAUUGCAAGGGACCCUGCAUUCAAUCAGAUGGCUGAGCAGCUACAGAAAGGUGCUCAGACUGCAGGAGAACAGGGCAUGCCUCCAUUGGAUCCUCAUCAAUACAUGGAAACAAUGCAAAGGGUCAUGGAAAACCCUCAGUUUAUGACAAUGGCAGAGCGCCUCGGGACUGCUCUUAUGCAGGAUCCUGCUAUGUCCAGUAUGCUGGAAAAUUUGACUAGUCCAUCACAUAAGGAGGAGCUUGAAGAGCGCAUGUCUCGGAUUAAGGACGAUCCAGCCUUGAAGCCAAUUCUUGAUGAGUUAGAGAAUGGUGGUCCUGCUGCAAUGAUAAAGUACUGGAAUGACCCUGAAACUCUUCAAAAGAUUGGCCAGGCAAUGGGAACUACGAUGCCAUUUAGCACUGUCUCUACUGCUGAACCUUCUGGUACUGAAGAAACUGAAGAAGAAGGUGAAGAUGAAGACGAGUCCAUUGUCCACCACACUGCCAGUGUUGGUGACGGUGAGGGUCUGAAGAAGGCUCUAGAUGGUGGAGCAGACAAGGAUGAAGAAGACUCUGAGGGAAGAAGGGCCUUGCACUUUGCAUGUGGAUAUGGUGAGUUCAAGUGUGCGGAAAUCCUCCUUGAGGCGGGCGCUGCUGUAGAUGCCAUGGAUAAGAACAAGAACACCCCACUGCAUUACGCUGCUGGCUAUGGCCGGAAAGAGUGUGUGGAUCUUCUGUUGAAGCACGGCGCUGCUGUCACUCUCCAAAACAUGGAUGGGAAGACGCCCAUCGACGUCGCCAAGCUCAACAACCAGGACGAGGUUCUCAAGCUGCUCGAGAAGGACGUGUUCCUGUAAAUCACUUCACUUGCCCCCCAUGAAGAGACAUGGACGUCAUCAUGUUUUACAUUCCUUGGCAUUGGUUUUAUAUAGUCAUACUUGAAUCGGCAUUUUAUUCGUUGUGUAAGAAUCUACUACCUGUGGUAGCUAGCCUGCAGGCCGACUGGCUGAGGUUAGAACUGCAUGUUACUGUAUAUGGCGACUUGUGUAUCGUCCGCUUUGUUUCUGUUGAUUUCACUAGAGUAAUCCAAGACUGUAAGAUUA